AAAUUGAAACAUUGUAAUUUCAGAAGUCCGACGGAUCGGGUGGUCACCGACUUAAUUGGCUGCCUUCGCAUCUGAAUCAAAUGGCAGAAACGAAAGCCGACAUUGAUGCUGAUAUCACUAAACAAUUCAAGAACCGAACCUCAAAAUGGAAGCUUAACGCAGAAAGAAACUUGGAUGGACCACUCAAGGACCUUCGCCAGCAAGGACAGGUUGUUCUACCCGGGAAAGAUGUAAUUCAGAAAAUGUCCGUCAGUGAAGCGUUCAAAACAUAUCACAGUUACCUUGACAACGUAGAUAUGUUGUGCAAGCGGAAGCUGCGCAUGGGCAAACUCGGAGACGGAGGCUGGGAGAUAUGUGAUGACGCAGAAUACCGACCAGUAAAGCCUUGCAUUGUGUACUCGUUUGGAAUCAGCAACGAUUUUUCUUUUGACGAUGACACGGCCAAAAACUUUGAGUGUGACAUCUUUUCCUUUGAUCCGAGUAUGGCACUUGCAAGUUACCAGAGAUCACCACAUGUACGGUUUUUGAGAUUAGGUAUUGGCGGAAGGGACUCCAAGAGCGGUUCCUGGGAUCUUCAUACAUUGACCAGUUUCAAGACAAUGUUGAACCACACAGGGAAAUACAUUGAUGUUCUCAAGAUGGACGUUGAAAGUUCAGAAUGGCCAGCGCUGCCCAACAUGAUCUCAUCAGGGGAACUGUCUAAAGUCCGACAGCUUCUUGUGGAAUACCACGGACCUUGUACCACAAGAAAUGAUUGCAUCAGUAAACUGAACAUUUUGAAAGACAUCUAUGAUAAAGGAUUUAGGAAGUUUUAUGUCCACAAAAAUUUUCAUUGUGUAUUGAACAAUGAUUUAUUUCCUGUUGUAAGAACAAUUUGCUAUGAGAUUCAUUAUGUAAAUAUCAACAUACAGUAAAGUUUAUCAGAUCUCAUCGUUUUUCAAAGUUUGUGGGCAUUUACAAAUUCACGGUAGUUCCUAAUAUUCUGCCUCUUCCUUUGCUCUUGUUAUAUAACCAAGUCGUUACCCUCACAUGAGAAUAAUAGUCUUUGCUUGACCUGCUUGUAUGUCUGUCGCCGACUUCAAUUAUUUGUCACUAAUUAUAAUCAUUUAACGUUUCCCCAUACAUUGCUUUUGCAAAUUAUCUUGGCCUGUUGAUCUGACCUUACCUGUGAUCUGGCACGUGUCGUGCGCUAUGUCACAGGUAGGAGUCCAUUAUCAUAAUUUGUAUUGUGUUCUUUUUAAAAGGUAUGAGUAAGUUUUUGGAAUCGUUUAAUGUCACUGUAAAUUUCACUAAUGUAUAUGAUAGACAUGAAUGUGAUUAAAUAUUUAUUUUGAAUUAAUAAAGGUAAUUGACUAUAA